AUGGCUUCCAUUGAUUUGACGGAGGCCUAUCUGCACAUUCCUAUUAGGAAAGAUCACCGUAAAUUUCUUAGGUUUUGUUUUAAGGGUUUUCAUUUUCAGUAUAGGGCUCUACCCUUUGGGUUAUCUUCGGCCCCCAGAGUUUUUACUAAAGUCAUGGCGGUCCUGUUGGCCCAUAUUCGGGGGUUUCCAGUUAGGCUUCAGGCUUACCUAGAUGAUAUUCUCAUUUUGUCAACCUCAAGGGAAAGAGCAAAUAGGGAUAUAGCCUUGACCAUAGAGAUAUUACAAUCACACGGGUUCUUGAUAAACUGGGAUAAGAGUCACUUAGUUCCUUCUACCAUCAUCACACACUUAGGGGCGCAAAUAGAUUCACGUAAAUCGAUGGUCUAUUUAUCGACAGAACGUCAAGCUAAUUUGGCUGAGUUGGCCUGUAUAUCUAGGUUGUCACAUUCAGUUCCAUUAGAUCAACUUUCUAAGCUUCUUGGGAAAAUGGUUUCGUCGUACGAUGUUGUUCCUUGGUCUCGCCUUCAUAGUCGGCCUCUUCAGUGGUUCCUCUUGCCACAUCAAAGAGAACACCGCAGCUCAUCAAGACGCCGGGUGUCUCUUCCACGGGAGGUGGCCGACUCUUUGACCUGGUGGAAUCCAGAGAUGUUAGCCAGAGGUUCAGUCUUCAGAGAGCCAGCGAGACUGGUCAUCUCCACCGACGCCAGUCUUUCGGGAUGGGGAGCGCAUCUCGAUCAACACCUAGCCCAGGGCAAGUGGUCUCCCUCGGAAUGCCACCAUGGCAUCAACUUUCUGGAAUUACGUGCCAUACGUCUGGCUCUUCUGGCAUUCAAGGACCUUAUCCAGGACAGGGAUGUCCUUGUCCUCACGGACAACGUGACGGCAAAGGCGCAUAUAAACAGGUGGGGUGGCACUCAUUCUCGCUCGCUUAUGACGGAAGCGCUCUCCCUCGGUCAUUGGACCGAAUCCCACUUGCGCUCUUUGAAAGCGGAACACAUUGCGGGAACAGACAAUUGCACGGCGGACUCCCUCAGUCGUCGGACCAUCGAUCAUUCGGAAUGGUCAUUGUCCCCAGCGAACUUCCAGGAGUUAUCAAACCGCUUCGGGCUUCCACGGGUGGAUUUGUUCGCCUCCCACUCCAACAAUCAAGUUCCUCGGUUCUUUUCGAGGUUCCGCUCUCGGGGGGCGGAGUCAGUGGAUGCCCUCCGCAGCAAGUGGCCGCCGGGUCUCCUGUAUGCCUUUCCACCAAUUCCACUGAUCCCUCGGGUGAUAAGAAAACUACUCACAGAAAAGGCGGAGUUGAUAUUGGUCGCCCCAUUCUGGCCCAGGAGACCCUGGUUUGCAGAUCUGAUGUCUCUCUCAAUCCGAGAACCUUGGAGGAUACCGGACGACCAGGUUUCUCUCCACCAGGGACCUGUCUCACAUCCCGAUCCGCAAUGGUUACGUCUAGCCGUGUGGAGAUUGAGCGGGGCAUCUUAACUAGGGCAAAGGUUCCAUGCCAAGCCAUUCCAACUAUGCUGGCCUCACGCCGGGAUUCUACCAAAAGGAUUUAUGAGGCCACUUGGCGCGCCUUCGUGGACUGGUGCACGUCACAGGGGAUAGUAGCAUCUGAGGCUUCAGUGCUAGACAUCCUGGCUUUUCUGCAGCGAGGUCUCGAUGCCGGGCUGGCGACCAAUACACUCAAAAGACAAGUGGCGGCGAUUUCUUCAGUAUUGAGAUGUGGGUCACUCAUUCCUCUUUCAAAGGAACCUCACAUUCAACAGUUUCUCCGGGGAGCUUCUAAUAUCAACCCUCCGGUAGUCCAUCGUUUUCCAACCUGGCGAUUGAACGCAGUGCUCACCGCUCUGACCAGGACACCCUUUGAACCAUUGAGGGAAUCAUCUCUUCGGUUUCUGUCGCUCAAAGUCGCCUUUCUAAUUGCCAUUACCUCGGCUCGCAGGAUAUCGGAACUGUCGGCCCUGUCUGUGCGACAUGAUCUCUGUAAGUUCUUCAACGAUAGAGUGGUGUUACGACUGGACUCUACCUUUCUCCCUAAAGUUAACAGUCAGUUCCAUAGAGCUCAAGAAAUAGUUUUACCUGACUUCUGUCCAAAUCCCAGGCAUCACUUAGAGAAAGUGUGGCACACUCUGGACGUAAGGAGAGCAUUGAAGAUCUACAUUGAUCGUACGGCGUCGUUCCGUAGAACGGAGGCGCUCUUUGUGUCGUUCCAACCACUUUCUAUGGGACUAAAAGUGACCAAAUCGGUUCUCGCUAGGUGGAUCAGAGCUACGAUAGCUACGGCUUAUGAGAAUCUGUCUCUACCGGUGCCUCGCAAUAUUACGGCACACUCGACCAGGAGUGCAGCUUCAUCGGCAGCCUGGGGCGCCCAGGCAUCAAUCGAUGAGAUCUGCAGAGCGGCGACUUGGUCUACUCCCUCUUCGUUUAUUCGACACUACCGGGUGGAUUCCUAUGCAUCGGCCGACGCUGCGUUUGGCAGACGCGUCCUACAGACGGUCCUCUCUCAACAAUGACAGGCCGCCAUCAUCCCUCCCGUACUACACGAGGGCCUACGCCUGGAUCCUCGCCGAAAAAGCUGGAAGGAAAGAGAGGGCGGGGACCAUAAGCAACAACUUUCAAGACUCGGUCCAAUCAGCAAACGAGGAGAUUAACCCAUUCCUGACGGCCGUUUUCCCCUCUCC